CUCGAGCCUGGCAGCGGCGGGCGGCGCACGCGACGGCUGGGGCUCUGCGCUCGAGGGGUCGAGCCUGGGCCGUACAGGCGGCGGUGCGCACUCUGCGGCGGCCUCUGCGCCUCGGGCGGGCGGGAGAGAGAGGCCGCGGCCGCCUGCGUGGGGAUGUCGAGGAGCUCGAAGGUGGUGCUGGGCCUCUCGGUGCUGCUGACGGCGGCCACAGUGGCCGGCGUACAUGUGAAGCAGCAGUGGGACCAGCAGAGGCUUCGUGACGGAGUUAUCAGAGACAUUGAGAGGCAAAUUCGGAAAAAAGAAAACAUUCGUCUUUUAGGAGAACAGAUUAUUUUGACUGAGCAACUUGAAGCAGAAAGAGAGAAGAUGUUAUUGGCAAAAGGAUCUCAAAAAUCAUGACUUGAAUGUGAAAUAUCUGUUGGACAGACAACACGGGUUUGUGUGUGUGUGUUGAUGGAGAGUAGCUUAGUAGUAUCUUCAUCUUUUUUUUGGUCACUGUCCUUUUAAACUUGAUCAAAUAAAGGACAGUGGGUCAUAUAAGUUACUGCUUUCAGGGUCCCUUAUAUCUGAAUAAAGGAGUGUGGGCAGACACUUUUUGGAAGAGUCUGUCUGGGUGAUCCUGGUAGAAGCCCCAUUAGGGUCACUGUCCAGAGCUUAGGGUUGUUACUGAGAAGCACUGCCGAGCUUGUGAGAAGGAAGGGAGAGAAGGAAGGGAUGGAUAGUAGCAUCCACCUGAGUAGUCUGAUCAGUCGGCAUGAUGACGAAGCCACGAGAACAUCGACCUCAGAAGGACUGGAGGAAGGUGAAGUGGAGGGAGAGACGCUCCUGAUUGUCGAAUCCGAGGAUCAGGCAUCAGUGGACUUAUCGCACGACCAGAGUGGGGAUUCCCUCAACAGCGAUGAAGGAGACGUGUCUUGGAUGGAGGAGCAGCUGUCCUACUUCUGUGACAAGUGCCAAAAAUGGAUACCAGCCAGUAAGGAGCUUCUCAAUUCCUUUGAUUUGUCAAUUCCUGUGUGAAGGUUUGUUUUUCCAACCUGUGAAAGAAACGUGAAUGUAAAAGAGACCUAAAUAAAAGGAUAAUUAUAUUUAUUCUCUAGUUGAUCAGCUAUAAAUUUAUAUAAAACACAGGCAUGUUUGUACUAAUGAAACGUACUGUCAACCUCUAUCACAUUGUUAAAUUAACACUUUUGGUGGUAACUCAAUAAAAUUGAGAAAAUUGGAAA